UUUAUAACAGGAGAAUAUAACAAAAAUAUCUUGGAUAAAAAAUAAUAAAUACGAAAACAACAGUUCAACGAGACCGUAUCCGGCGGAAUAAUGUCGCCGCCAGGCGGCGCCACUGUCGCGCCGUCACUCGUGUAUUGUAGUUCCUUCUGUUUUGAAACCCAAGCUUUGGAGAAUUUGUUCCCUGGAUUUGCUGUAAAAGUGAUCUAAAAGUAUUUAUAAAGUGUAAAUCUACGGAGUAUCUGCAAUGGAAAAACGUGUUGUACUAGAACUACGAGGCAGAAACCCAUCACAGGUGAAGGAGUUGAACCUGGAUAACUGCCGCAGCACCAACAUUGUGGGGCUGACGGACGAGUACACCAGCCUUGAGGUGCUCAGCCUCAACAACGUCGGUCUCACAACACUCAAAGGGUUCCCCACACUCCCAAAGCUGAGGAAACUUGAGCUCUCUGACAACAGAAUAUCCAACGGACUCAACUUCCUUAACGGAUGCAAGAAACUGUCACACUUAAACCUUUCGGGAAACAAAAUCAAAGAUCUGGAGACCCUGAAGCCACUUGAAGAGUUUGAGAACCUCAGAAAUCUGGAUCUGUUCAACAAUGACGUGACGAAUAUUGAUGACUACAGGGUCAAGGUGUUUGCCUUACAUCCUUCUCUCAAAUACUUGGAUGGGUUCGACAAGGAGGAUCGCGAGGGCGAGGACAGCUCGGCGGAGGACGAGGACGACCUGAAUGGGAACAACGACUCCGACGACGAACACGACGGGGACAAUCUGCACACAGACAUGGCAUGUCUGAAUAUUAGCGAUGACACUGUGGCAGAUAGGACCGGCCCGACCCUACCCAUGGCAAUGUACGCAAUAUACGGCCUUCUGUUCACCGUCAACUUGUUGUUCAAGAGACAAAGUUCCGACGGUGAAGACGACGACGACGUGUCACUCAGUGCCGUGUACAAUGAUAACUUAGAGGAGGAGAGCUCAGCGAGCUCGCUGUACGAGGGCAGCGACGUGGAGGAGGAGGAGGACGACGAGGCCGAGGACAAUGAGAACAACGCCGACAACCACAAGACCACAGACGGCGAGAAGGAAACGGACGGCGAGCAGGAGGAGAGCACCCGGGGGAAGAAACGGAAACACGACGAGGAAGAGAACUGAGCCGCGCUGUGAGUGCACCCUGUAUACAGCGCCCGAUGCAUCGGACAAUAAACGUAUCACAACACCAGACUUUCAUACCCAAUGUCCCACAGACCCCUUGUGAGAUCGAGACUAAGCUUCUUGUUAGUGUUAAGUUGUGGACGCGCUGUGAAUAUUAUUGUUUUCUAUCUAUGUUGAUGUCCUCGUGUGGAGCCUGUAGUUUGUUGUCCGAGAAGUUAAUGUUUCAAUUAAAUUUGUAUAUGUAAUAAUACUUUUUUUUAUUCUAUUGACAUACUUAAUCGAGUGUGCAUGACGAUAGUGAUAGAUGCAACUCUCGUGCAGUAGGAAGUAAUGCAAGUGUUCCUUUCCCUCGGUUUAUUUAUUGACUGUAUUCCGCCUGUGCUGUCGAUUACAUGUUUCUCUAAAAUCUCGAGAGUAUUUUUAUAUCUUAGGAGUCGUCUGUCAUUAGGAAAUUGAAUGAUUCAAAGUACAAGGAAAACAAAAAAAGAUUUUUACGAUAUUUCCUAAUAAAGUCACCGCAUACAUUCCCUUUUCUACUCGUUGUUGAGUGAUCACCGGUCCUUGUCAUUCGUUCAUUAGAUGUAAUUCCGAGUCAGUAGUAAAGAACUAGAUUUGUUUUGCAAAACAAAGAAAUCUCAGUAUGUAAUGUGAACCGGCGUCGGCCCAGUGUGCCCGACUAGACACGUAGCGUCCCCACAAGUAGACGCUAAGUAUUACAUAUUCCAAUAAUUAGAUCAAUUUUAAAACAAGCCUUUUGAGUUCACAAAGAGGUAUUUUUCUACAAUCUUUUUAAAUCUUAAAUAUAUGAAUGCACUUAUAAGAAUAUUCAAUAAUAAUGAAAUAUUUGGUUGAUGCAUCACGGCGUCAGAGCCAGAGUUUGUUGAAGAGAGUUUUAGUUAAUAAUUUUAUUGUAAUAUGUAAGUCAUUAAGUUUAAGUAAUUUACAACUUGGCCUGUUGAUAUAUAUUAUAUAAUCCUAAUAAGAUUUUUUUAUUUCCGGGAUUGUAAAAUAAAAACUUAAACAUA